AAUCAAAACCGGAAGUUGUAAAUGUUGGCCGUUUGGGUGACCCUUAACUUCCUGUGACAUCGGUAAGAAAACAUGGGAGUCAAAAUAGAAAUAUUUCGGAUGAUGGUGUAUCUGUCCUUUCCUGUGGCGAUGUUUUGGAUUUCUAACCAAGCAGAUUACUUCGAAGAGUACAUUGUGAAGAGAAAAAGAGAGAUUUUUCCACCAGAUGAGAAAAUGCAGAGGAAAGCGCUUGAGGACUUUAAGGAACGCAUGAGAAUUCGUAAGGAGCAAAAGAUGCUGAAACAGAUGGCCUUGCAGGCAGAAGACUGAUGACUAAUGAAGGAAACGCUGUACAUGGACUGUAUAUUGUGAAAGACAGAGAAUUGCGCAGUUUUAUAAAGAUCACUGCUCUCAUAACACCAUCAGUUCAAAUGAUGAAUUCCAUUAAUCAGAACAUUCAGAAUGCGUUGUAAGAUUUUGUGUCAUUGCUGGGUAAUGGAUUAUUUAUAUUUUUAAAUAGAAAAAUACAUUGAUUUUGUUUCUUAUGUUCAUAUUCAUUAAAGGUUUGUCAGCACCA